ACAAACAUGAUACGCAAUUAGGAAUAUGCUACAAACUUAAGUGUACACAUGUUUGAUUGAACUUUUAAUUUUCACUCGAUCAAAUUUCAAAAAACAGUGUUGUGUAUUUCCCUCAUGUGAUAUAGAAUGAAUUUGGAAUAAGCAUAAUCAUAAUCACGAUGUAAAUCAAUUCAGGUAUUAGAUUUGAUAACAUAGGUGUUUUGGGGAUUAUAUAUCAGGAAGAGGGAAGUUUAUAACAGACGGCGUUAUUCACGUGCGGCCAAACUACAAUACAAGAUAAAGUAUGUGGUAUAUAAAUAUAUAUGCAUAAAUAAUGGUUUGAAAAAUAUAAGAAUCAUUGAUAUUCACAUCAUGGGAAACAAUGGAAGUAGCCGUGUUGCAAAUGUUCCGAAAACUGGAAACAAAACCCGGAAUUAUAAACGAGGACUCGAACGUGAAGCUGAUGACCUUUUAAACCAAUUUGAAGAACAAAUAACAUUUUGGCAAAAGAAAAUUGUUAAAAUUAGAGGACAAUUUGAUACAACAACGAAGGAAGAUAUAAUAAAGUAUGUGUAUACACAAAUGAAGGUUGCGGCUGAUGAUUUAUUACAGAAGAUUCCUCCAGAUUUUCAAGAAAGAUCUGUGACGUCAACACAAGACGUGGUCUUUCAGAACGAAAGUUUUCAGUCCACAUACAAUGACCAACCGCCAACGUUAAAAAGGCAAACUAACACUGAAUCUGGUUACGUUAAUAUUGGACAGGACAUAGCAAUAACAGAACUCCCAAAUUCUGCAUCUAUUGAUGACAAUGCCUCCCUAGAGUACAUGGCUUCGGAAAAAGAGACGUCAGAUGCGUACAAUGUGAUAAGUCACAAAAUGUGUGACCUCCGGGAACGACUUGAGAAUGAGAAAGACAAAACAAGUCGGUUACUCACAGCAAAUGAUCAGUUAAAGGCAGAACUUGAGCAGUUUAAAGGCGAAAACGAGGAACUAUUGACAAGAUUGAGUAAGAUUGCAGGAGAUAGACUGACGACAGACAACCCCAAUAUUACAGAUCUUAGCGAUCCGAACAGACCUUUGAAACUUGGUGAAAAGUACAGUGAACUUUAUGACAACGAGUGGACCGACGCGUUUGACUGUUUGACCGAAAGUGGCUACACUGAGGAUGAAGCGAUUGAGACACUGUACCUCACGUUAUUGAAUGUAUUUGAGUUUUGCGAGAAGAAAGCCAAACAGAUGCUUAAGAAAACAGAUGAUGCUGUUAACCUACUGUUUGAUGAAUACCGGAAGUCUGCAGUGCUCAAGGACGUUCCUGUUCAUCUGACGAUGUCCCGUAAACAGCUUGCAAAAUAUUGUAAAGAGCAGUCGACUAUAGAAGACAUGCAGCUUCAAAAAAGAUGGGAACCUAGCAGACAAAGUUACGUUGAUAAAAACGAACCGGAAAACGAUAAGGAAGCUGAAUCAAAACACGUAAAAGUUGAAGAACAGAUGACGAAAGUGAGAAAAGAAGUUUCACAUUCUAUAUUGCCAAUCGUGCAAAGGGCUUACAUGGAGGCGAGCUGGCGGAAGCAGUGUGUACAUGGCCUCAAACCCUUCAUUCUGCAGUGUCUUUACGUCGGUUGGAUGAUGGUCGUUCAAAGUCCACCUAUGUGUUUUAAAACAGCUUUGCGGGGCGACAAGUUUGAUUCAAAUAGUUUCAAACAAUACACCUGUACAGGAUCAAUAGUGGAUUUUGUUGUUUGGCCUGCGCUCAUGCUGCAUCAAUGCGGGCCUGUGGUUGGGAAAGGCGUGGCUCAGCCAGAAAAGCACCAAUAAUCAAGUGUAUUUUUAAAAGAUGAGGAAGUGUUUUCAUAUAACUGAAAAUGAUGAAAUAGUUUUAGUAUUUUUAUGUAACUGAAAAUGAAGGAAUUAUAUGUCUGUGCAAUUGCAUGGUAUUAACUUACUAAUGAGGCUUAAGAUAUUGACAUAAGUAUAUUGUAUCUGAUGAAUGUUACGACAAAGAGUAGCAAUAAUCGACCUUGUUGGUCUAGUUUAACGAUACUAUUUGUUUUUUAUUAAACAAUAUGAACCCGUGAUAUAUUAUUCGAUGUGUUUCUUGCAUUUAAAAUGUCGAUGUAUUUUUAACAUAACAGUAUUAAGGCAAUCGUGUGUGAUAAUGGAGUCAAAAAGCCGUUGAUGGCAUUGUUGCAUAGCGCCUCAGCACAAAUCGAAAUAAACAAAGACUUUUAACAUA